CCUCUUGCUUCUUUUAUGGCUUCAAGGCCCACAAAUGUCGCAGCUUUAAUUCAAACUUGAAAUAUCUCUCUGAUUCUCUCUCUCUCUCUCUCUCUCUCUCGGUUCCAUCUUUCCAAGGCAUUUUCUCUUUCCAGGUUUAUUUAUAGCUUUAUAGUUACUGGGAGAGUUUUGUUUGCUCAGUCCGUGUUCCUGAAAAUUACAUACCGCCAUAACCCCUUGUCUGCCUUAAACAUCUCACAUUCUUCCCUGGUCGCCCAGAUUUUCUUCCGGUAUUGUCUUAUUUUUUCAAAGUGGGUUUCUCAUGGAGGUCGCCCAGCUGCUACUCGAAUUCCCUAAGAGAACAAGCUGACCGAAAGUAAUGUUUUGUUUGAUAAGAUCAAGAUAGAAACAAAAAGAAAGAUUUUUUCCCUCUUGAGAUGCCAGAAAACAGCUGCCCACCUUAUAUGUUGAAUUAAAAAGGGUUGACGUUAGUUUUUUUCCCCUUCUGUUGGGAUCUUAAUUGCAGAUCACUAGCUUGAAGUUACGAGUAAUUAUCUCCCUUCUUGAAUCAAUAGUAUUUAAGUGAAUCAAAUGCCAAGAUCAAGGGGAACAGAAAUGCCCCAAAGGCAGUCUCCUCGAGGCGCACAUCCACGUAGGACAUCUGGUUCUGAUUCAGAUCCACAGCAUCAUCGGCCAAUUACUGAACGGAGUCCCAAGCUAGGAGAUCGUAGGUCCCCAAGAGGUGCUCAAUCUGCUUCACUAAGCCAGAAGAAACUUGGCACCCGCAUUUCAGACUUAGAAUCUCAACUUGGGCAAGCACAAGAAGAGCUAAAGAUUCUGAAAGAGCAAUUAACUUCAGCAGAGGCUGCAAAGAAAGAAGCUCAAGAGCAAUUGGAGAAGAAAACAAAGAAGCCAGUUGUUCUAGAGCUAGUGGAGAUCCAAGGAAAGGAUCCUCCAACGGAAAUUCAAGAAUAUAACAGAAAAGACAGCACUCCUCAAGAUGAGGGUCUGGAUGAUAAACAGCAGGAAACUGAUAUUUUCGAAGUUUCGGUGGAAAAUGUAACAGCAGAGCCCAAGGAUGAUCAAAGCCAGCUGACUGAUCAGGUUGAGAAAGAAACCAAACAAAUUGUCACAUGUACUGAACCACCAGCAACUCCAGAGCCGGAGACACCGUCCUUCCAUGACUUGGCUCUGAAGAAGGAUGAGAUAGAUAUGCUGAAAGACAUGUUAGAAGAGAGAAAAAAGGAACUAAAGUUGUUCAGUCAGGAAAACGAAAAAAUGAGAAACCAGUUGAGUGAAGCAGCAUUAGAAGUAUCAUCUUCUAAAACAAAGGAAGGGGAAACGGCCUUGAAGUUGAGCCAGCUGGGAGAAGAGUUGAAAAAAAGCAAAGCAAAUGAAGCUCAGCUGAAUGAGAAGCUGAAAGCUGUGGAAGAAGCGAAGGAGACACUAGAGCUAGAGAUGAAGAAGAUGAGAGUACAGACAGAGCAAUGGAGAAAAGCAGCAGAUGCCGCAGCAGCAGUGCUUGCUGGGGGUGUGGAGAUGAACGGGAGAAUCUCCGGGAGAUGCGUCUCCAUGGAGAAGCAUUUUGGUGGAGUAUUUGAGACACCAGCUGGUGGAUACACUAGCUUUGUUGGAUCACCGGGGAUGGAUGAUGAUUUGGAUGGUCUUGGAAGUGGAAAGCGAAAGGGUUCAGGAAUUAGAAAGUUUGGAGACUUAUGGAAAAAGAAGAGCCAGAAAUGAGACUCAAAAUAACUUAAAAACUUGAUUCACUGUCAUGAUGUGUGUACAAGGGGAGCAAAUUAGUUGCUUGCUGUUUUGCAGCCGGUGUCUGCCAUGUUUUAGUAGUUCCCAACAGUUCCUCCAUCAGGUUCCUUGUAUGGUGCAAGUAUAUCAAACCUUUAAGGGAUGUAUGAUUGUAGUAUGGACUAGGUUUUUGGAACCCAUUUCCGAUAUGGUUCAUUUUGUAGCACAGCCCUGCCUGAAGAAUCUUCCCACUGCAAGUCCUUUAUUCUAUGCUAAUCAUAUCUUGCUCUAUCAUUUUGAUAUUCUAUGCUAA